GAUUCUCUUGUCAUUCGGCUCACAAGUCAUGGUUUCCAGAAGCUGUUUAUGUGUACUUGGAUUGGUGGUCUGUCUCAUUGGUGGAGCCAUGUCAGAGCGGCGCAAUAUAACCACCUCACGACAAAAAAGGUUAUUCAGCCUUUUCAAUAUCGUCACCUUUGAGAACGAAGCUUGUACAACAACCGGAGCUGGAAAUCUGAUCGGAACUUGCUUGACUUCCACGGAGUGCGCAGACAUGCGUGGAUCUCCGUCUGGCAAUUGCGCUGCAGGUUUCGGAGUGUGCUGUCUUUUUGAUGUGGCCGGUGACUGUUCAACUGAGCAGACCAUUUCUCAAAAUUGUACAUACAUUCGGAAUAAUGGAUUUCCCUCGGCGGACAUGACGCCAAGUGAGACUUGUACAUACAAUUUCAACCGGAUCGACAAUAAUCUGUGCCAAAUCAGGUUGGAUUUUGAUAUGUUGAUAUCGUUGAGCUCUGCAGAAGGUGCGUGUGGAACCGCAAAUGAUGCCAUAACAGUCACUAGUCCAUUUUCACCUUCCGCCAACGCUUUUCCUCCAACCGUGUGUGGAACACUUUCGGGACAGCACAUGUAUUUCGAAACGGGGACGACUGGAACGGCUGGAGCCUUAACCAUCGCCAAAGGAACGACCGCUGGAAAUCGCAUCUUCCAAAUCAAAGUCACCUAUUACAAUUGUAAUAAUUUGGCCAAGGCCCCUGCUAGUUGUACCCAAUACUUUACCGGAGAGAGUGGCUCCUUCCAAUCUUACAACUUCGAAGGGAAUCAACUACUGCAGAACAUGAAUUACAACAACUGCUUCCGACAGGAAGAAGGUUUUUGUCGGUUGCAAAUCAGCGAGGCCACGGCAAUGACUCCAGAUCCAUUCCUUCUGUCGGAUGAUGGUGAUGGUGAUGUUGCUGUUAAGGCAACUGUGCUUGAUUGUGCAACUGUAAGUUACGUGGCUUUUACGACACCAACGAAUACCAUGUUUUGCGGCGAAAACUUGAGUUCAAAGGCGGGUGACACGAUCCCUGGAGCUCUGACAUCCGCUCCUGGAGACUCUUUUCUGGUUGGAUUGCGAACUGUGGGCACAACCUUGGCCGGUUACACUGGAUUCAACUUAAAUUAUAAGCAAGUGGCUUGUCCAUAGAGGAUGUCAAACGGAUUAAACGCAAAAUUGAUGUUUUAAUAGCUACAUUAAUGAAUUGUUACGAAAAUUUAUAUUCUAUCGAAAUAUACAUGGUUCAA